GUUGAUGGCAAUUCCUAGAGACUUCAAGCCAAUCCUGGAGAAUUGGCAGAUUCGCCCAGUGUUUUGAAUAAAGGCAAAGUGUGCCGUCGAGUCGGUGUCGACUCCUGAGUACAGUACUUGAAAGGUGGUAUAGAAAUGAGGAUGCUGUUUUCUUUGGUACUCUAUGCAAUCCUGCUGGUAGGAAGUGGUGAAACUCAGAAUGAUGAAUGGAUUGAUCCAACAGACAUGCUGAAUUAUGAUGCAGCGUCAGGAACAAUGAGAAAGUCUGAUAAGGUGAACCAAGAUUAUUCUGAAAAUAAGGAAGUACCAAAACCAAUAGUGGCAGAAGAAAAAAAUGCAGCUGAUUCAAAGUGCCAAAGGAAACUAGAUUCUGUGAUUCUGAAGCUGCAAGAAUGUGAAAAGAAAGAAAAAGCCAAAUUAUCUGAAAGCAGUAGCAUUCAUGUUUUUAAAAGAUACUUGAACAAGAUUUUAAUUGAAGUUGGGAGACUUGGUCUACCUGAUGAUGACACCGGGGAUAUGCAUUAUGAUGCUGAGAUCAUCCUUACUAAACAGACAUUUAAUGAAAUCAACAGGUUCCUUAAUGAAGAACGUUGGAGAUCUGCUGCUCUGGAUGAUGCACUUAGUGAUAUUCUAAUUAAUUUUAAACAUCAUGAUUAUGAAGCCUGGAAAUGGAAGUUUGAGGACACAUUUGGGGUUGAUCCAUAUAAUGUCUUCAUGGUACUCUUGUGUUUAGUGUGCAUUGCAACAAUUGUUGCUACAGAACUAUGGACCCGCAUUGGUUGGUUUACACAGCUAAAACGUGUUUUACUCAUAAGUUUUCUCAUCAGUUUGGGAUGGAACUGGAUGUACCUAUAUAAGGUAGCCUUUGCACAGCAUCAAGCUGAAGUGGCAAAAAUGGGAAAUUUUGAUGCAUGCGCUGAGAAGGUCUACUGGAGCGACAGCAUUUUGGAAUGGCUUAGAAGCUCAUGGACGUUCCAAGAUGACCCUUGCCAAAAAUACUAUGAAAUCAUAUUAGUAAAUCCUAUUUGGCUUGUUCCUCCAACAAAGGCUUUGGCUGUUACAUUUACCAAUUUUGUAACAGAGCCAUUGAAGCACAUAGGGCAAGGAAUUGGAGAGUUUAUUAAAGCCCUCAUGAAAGAGAUUCCAAUGUUGCUACAGAUUCCAGUGCUAAUCAUCCUAACAGUGGCGGUUUUGAGCUUCUGCUAUGGCGCAGGAAGAUCAGUUACUGCACUAAGGUAUUUAACCUACCAAGACAGAGAGCAACCUCCUCCCCUUCCCCCACAUGCCAGGCCACAAGGUCAAAUAAAAGAUCAAACUAAUGAUGAGGGUAUUGGAGGUGGCGAUGGAAAUGCUGGACCUUAUGACAGAGGAGAUGCUUCAACACAGAGAGACAAACCCACAGGACGUCGAGACAGCAACAAAAGCAACAUUGAGGAUUUGCGAGCUGAUGUGCUUGAAGUUGCAACAGAAGAGCACCCCAAGCUGGCAGUCAAGAGGAAUCUGUCUUCAGAAAAGUCUUAUUCACCAAAAGAACUAGAAAAAAAGAACACGGAGAACUAUCUGAAGGAUCCAAGCAUUCAGGCUAUUGAAAGAAGGACAAGCAAUGGCACAGAUCAAUACCUGGGUAAAUUGAAUAUCCAUGAACCAGACAGAUCUAGACACAUACAAGAACCGUCAAUGGAGAUGAAGCAAGAUCUCCUUUUUAACACCAAAGAAGACAGGAGAACAGAACAAGAUGCUUUCAAGACAGCAGGAUUUGAGGAGAAGAAUCUGCAGCUUGGCGGAUUAAAAGAACCCGCAGAGAAGACUGCAGAAACGUUAAGCUUCACUGAACAAAAUCAGAGCAACUCUGCUUCCUGAUAGACCUCCAGUUUUACCAGGAAAGGACUUUUAAAAAACAUAAAACAUAGCCAUUUUUUUAGUGCAGGAGUGGUUUACUUAGUCACUUACUUCAACACCCUGUACUUUGCCUAUAAGUUAGGUCAAUGCAGACAUUUUUCUUGAAGACCUAAAUUUUUUAUCAGAUAUUUUAGUUCCUACAGCAGCUUCAAAAACCUAUGGAAGAAUGCCUUUCAGACAUCAAGUUCACAUAUGUUCUAAGACUUUGCCAGAAGAAGAACUUUAAUAAAUAUGAUUUUCAAGCUGU